GUACAUAUUUGUCUUCUGCCUCGUUUGCUCCCCGUACCGCAAUGGAUUCAAAUAAAAUUUAGUUGUGUGCUUCAAAACCUUUCUACGCCUACGCUCUGCGUCGUUGUAGCUUUGAUUUUGAUGCCUAAUAGGAAUUGUAGUCAUUUGUAGCUACAGAAACAAACUAAACGCGGUGAAAUAAAACUACAACUACCACAAUUCCUCUCUCUUAUUCUCUGGGUUACAAACAAUAAUGGCGUGGCAGGGAGAAGAGAGAGUCACCUCAAAGUCUGCUGUUACCGAGAACCAAGGAGAAAGAAAAGCAGCGAUCGUGUCGUUUGGAUUCACUAAAACAUUUAGUAGAUUCAAACCGUCUACUGGCGAAGCUGUGACCAAGAAAGAUGACAGAGAUUACUUGACCGUAAUUGAUAAAGAACUGCAACGUUCAAACCCGCCUGAGAAACCCAAAGAGCUCAUCAUCCCUCUGAUCCAGAAGAGCCACUGGCACAGACCGGACCGAGCGGGCCAGGGUGAAGGAAGCACAGGCAAAACACAAGCGACAACCCAAGACGGCGACUCAGUGGAGUCUCAGGCUGUGAAAGAACUCAUUGAAGAUUCACGGAGACAGCUUGAGCAGUGGCAGAAUGGCCCUCAGUCAGAAAAUAACCUCACCAUCCCUUUGCUGAUGCAAAACAAAGUGCCUGAGGGCUUUGAGGAUGAAAACCAUGUAAACGUGGAUCUUUGGCCCGAAUCUUCAACAGAGGCGGAGUAUGAGAGCAUUCCUGUCGAGGCUUAUGGACUUGCUAUGCUGAAGGGGAUGGGCUGGAAGAAAGGGGAAGGCAUUGGACACACCUUUAAACAAGAUGUGAAGCCAAUCGAACAUCAGUUCCGUCCAAAAGGUUUGGGUCUUGGAGCAGAUCGUUCAGCAAUAAAGGACCUGGAGCCCAGCAGAUAUCAGCGUCCUCCCAAGCCAGGUGAGGAGCGAGGGAAGGAGGAGGAACUAGUGAUGGCUCCUGGGGGCUGUGUGCUGGUGGAGUCUGGGCCACAUAAAGAUAUGUAUGGCAAGAUUGAAGGCAUUGAUCCAGACAACGCUCGUGUUGUGGUGAAGCUGGCUAUCGGCAGCAAGACUGUGACAGUCAGCCAGUACGCAAUUAAACUGGUCGGGCGCAAGGAAUAUGACAAAUACAGCAAAGACCUCAGUCACCUCAGUAAAGCUCACAAAGAAAAGGAGAAAGAGAAGGAGCGACAGAAACAGGAAGGGAAAGACAGGCGGAGUAAUAGUGAUGAGGUAAAACACAAGUCUUCAGAAAGAGACAAAGGAAAAGAUGAGAGAAAGAGGAAACACAGAGAAUCAAGUCAAGACAGGGAGAAGCCUCCUGUUAAAGAAUCGAGGCGACCACCAGCUGCCCCCUCAUGGCUUCAGAGAAACUUAAAAGUUCGCUUUAUAGAUAAAACCUUCAAAGGGGGAAGGUACUACAACUCUAAGAUGCGUGUGGAGGAUGUCCUGGCACCGACUACCUGUGUGUGCCGAACUGAAGAGGGAAGACUGUUAGACGAUGUGCAGCAGGACAUGCUGGAAACCAUUGUCCCAAAAAGCGAUUCCGAUUCUGUGAUGGUUGUACUGGGUAAACACAGGGGGCAGGUUGGCCAUAUUCUCCAGCGGGACAAGAACAAGUGCCAAGCGAUGGUUCAGCUCGACCAAUACGAGGAGAAAGUGCUGACGCUAGACUAUGACGCUGUUUGUCACUAUGUAGGAGCAGCUGACCACUGACCCACUGCUGAGCUUAAUUCCCAUGAUCUGUCUUCUUUCCCCAUCCCAUAUUACCAUAAAUAUUGUUUCUGUAAUGUUUAAAAAUGAUGGAUUUCUUGAG